CGGGUUUUAUGUAACUGGCGAACUUUAUUCGACAACGAGUAAAGGUUUAAUCCGUGGCAAUUUCUAGAGAAUUGGACGUUGGAACGUUUAUCGGCAGUUGUAACGAGGAAAGGACGAAAAAGGAAAUUACGCAACGUGGGCAUUCCGGGAGAUUGCGCGUUUUCGUGGAAACGUAAGAAACUCCUCGUAUCGCGGAUGCGAUUGGCUGGCGAAAUCGUCUCCCAGAGGAUUAUUUAGGAGAAACCAGCGGCCGCGGAGUGACAUUAAUUAAGACACGGGACAUCGCCGCUUCUGGCAAAAGACAAAAUGGAAGGAAAAGCCGAAGUUUUUGAAAAAUUAUGCCCGAAAUCGUUAAUUUCCUACGCGGAUUCGUCUCUAGAUUUACAUCUUCCGUCCAUGAAAUGGUCGGACGAGGAUAUUAUUUUGGAUAUCGGAUGCGGUCCCGGAAGAACCACCAAGAACGUUCUCUUGCCGAAAUGCCGGAAAUUAAAGAAAAUCGUUGCCAUCGACGUAAUACCAAAUUACAUCGAGUACGCCAGCCAGACGUAUUUUCACGAGAAAAUAGAAUAUAAGACUCGAGAUAUCCUUCAAAGUCCCGAUUUACAAGAAAUUGGAAAUUACGAUAAAGUUAUAUCCAUUUACGUCUUCCAUUUCAUAAACGAUUACCAGAAAUUGUUUUCCGUCAUUUCUUCGAUUUUGAAGCCCGGAGGAUAUUUCUUCUUCAUUUUUCUUACGAAAUUCCCUUUAUUCUCGAUUAUGCGGGAUCUGAGUUCCAACGAGCAAUGGACCGAGUACGUAAAGCCCGAAGAUAUACUCGCGACGACCGCAUCGGCCGACGACUGGAACCACGUAGAAUCGCAAUUCGAAGAUUACGUGUCCCGGUUCGAUUUGACAGUGACAAAAAGUAAACUCGAAGUAUUGGAUGUGCCAUUUUCCCAUAAAAAACAUUUCUUGGAUAUAUUUUCUGCAGCAUUACCUAAAGCCAUCUUCGAAAAGGUGGAACCGGGUGUUAAACGUCGUCUUUCGGAAGAAGCCGAAUCGAUAAUCCUCAAAUACGCCACCGAAAACAAACGCGGCGAAAUUUCGGCCCCGUUCGAAAUUUUUCAGGUUUCGGGAACGAAGAAAAUACAAUAAAACUCGCGAUUAAGUCUACAAUAUACACAGAUUUGUACUUUAUAAGACCGCGUACGCGCGGUGUAUUUUAUACUUCGGUUUUUAUAGUUU